CUGUGGGGAUGUGAUGGGGAAGUGCUGUGCCCAGCCUGGCCCCUGCGGUCUCAGCGUUGCGUAAGCUUCCUGCCGGCUGCUGCUCUGGGGGCCGCCCGGCCAGGCUGGCCCUGCUGACUGUCAGUCUGCAAAGCUACUGGUGUGUGCCAGCAUGAGCAACGCCCAGACCCCUGAGGCCAACAGCCCCACCCAGCAGACAGAACCCACCUACGGUAACCUUGGAGAGGUGCGGGCCCACCUGCUGCCCUCCAAGGCUGGCCGUGUCCGGACUCCUGGAUCCCUCUCUGGCGCCAACCUACAGCCCCCACCGCUGCCCAGGAAGGCCUUGACCCGCACCCAGUCCCUGCCCACACGCGCUGCCCCUGGUCCCAGCUCCAGCCGAGCAGGACACGCCCAAAGGCCCCUGCUGGGAGCUCACAGUGUGGACAAGAGCCAGGCCGAGGCAGGGCCAGCGGUGCGGGCCCCUGUGGAGCUGACAUCCAGUGUGGCCGAGCUGGCACUGGGCUUCUGCCUUGAGGACCUGCACAGCCCCGUGGCCGUGCACGCGGCACUGACCGCCCAACACCUGCACGGCCUCCGUGGCAUCCGCACGCAGCUGCGGGCGCGGCUCACAGGGGGCCGACCUGGACCCUGCAGUCCCGGCCACAGCUUCCGCCUGCUAGACACGUCGCCCUGCCUGGAGAGCGGUGAUGCGUGCUACUACCGUGUGGUUCGUGUGCUGGAGGACGCCUGGCAUGUGGUAGCAGCCAAGGUGCCCAAGCCGGGGGCUGAGGCGGCCCACUCGCGAGGCCUGGAGCUGCAGGCUUCACUGUCGCCUCACUUCAACCUGCAGGGGCUGUGUGGGCUGCUUCCCGCGGGCACACUGCCCGCAGCACCCUGGACAGGCUCCGCGGCGCUGGUGGCCGAGGUGCCCGAGGACACGGCCACUCGGUGGCUGCAGGAGGUGGGCACGCGGCGGCCCCAGGAGCUGGCCAGGGCUGUGGCCCUGCUCCUGCUGCAGCUGACUGCUGCCCUAGAGUGCCUGGAAGCACGGGGCGUGGUGCUGGCCGAGCUGCGCCCCGAGAACCUGCUGCUGGCGGCACCGAGGGGCUGUGCGCCCGCGGGGCCGCCGCGCCUGCUGCUUGCUGACUUCGGCUGCGUCCACCAGCUGCCCCCGGUACCCCCGGGUGCCCACGCACCCCAGCUAGGCCGCCUGCUCCACAACCUGCUGGGCCCCACCCUGUCCCCGGCCUCACCCUUGGCCAGGGGCCUGCAGCGCCUGGCCGCCCGACUGCCCCAAGCUCGGCCCUCCGCGGCGCGCACACGGGGCGCGCUGCAGGCACUGCUCUGGGGCCCCGGGCUGGAGCUGCGCGGCCCCGGGGUGCCGCUGGGGCCCUGGCUGCAGGUGCGCCGCGCCUGGCUGCUGGUACAGCUGGCGCAGCUGGCUACCCGCGGGCAGGGGCCCGACCUGCAGGACUGGCUGUGCUGUGAGUACCUGACUGAAGCCACCGAGGAGUCACUGGCCCAGGCCCUGGAGCUGCUGGACUGCGCUGAGCCAAAGCCUGGCCCAGCUGGCUCCAGCACCCGCUACCCCCGUUAA